GUCAAUUGGUGGUUUAGAUAAAUUUCAGAGUAGAAAAUUACAAAUUGGAGGUUAUAUCCAAAACAACGUCAUACGUACCUCCGAAGCACCAAGAAGGAUGAUCGUUCUAGAAUCCUCCGUCAGUUCCACCGAACUCCCGCACCACCAAAUCCACCAACACACCUCAAUCUAUUUAUCGGCCAAACUUACCUGCAGUAACAGAAAACCUGGCCCAGAUAGAAGACAUGCACAAACCCAUUUUAACGCGCACAACACUUCUACAUCUCGUCCUAAACCCACUCCUGACAAUCCCGACGCGCGCCUCAACCACAAUCGCACCUGCGACAAUCCUCUCUCAAAGACUAAUCCGUACACCGAUUGCCUACCCCCAGUGUCCCUCCAAUCUCUAUCAAGAAAAGCCCUACGCCACAAUGUCAUCGGCCACUGAGCAAACCCAACAGCAGCAACAACCCGAGAAUGCCGCUACCGACUCCGCCACCGAAAAGAAAGCAGAGCAGUACCUCGCUCUUCCCGACUCCAGCAGCGCCGAUCAGACACAGCAGCUUGAUGUCAGCGGUGAUGGGUCGACGGUGAAAUUGGAUCACUUGGGUCCGUUGGUGGUCAACCAGGAUGGAACGUUAUCACGGAUCGCGAACUGGGCGCAGAUGACGGAGAUAGAGAAAAAGAAUACCUUGCGGGUGCUAGGGAAGAGAAACAAGCAACGGAUGGAGGCACUAAAGGCUGCUCAGGGUGCGCAGGAAGAGGGCAAUUAAGCCCAGGGAGCAGUGGGAGGGUCGCUGGUUCUACAGAGUAGGAGUUGCAGACUGAUGCUUUUA